CCAGCCCGUGGCCCCGCUCCUUAAAACGCUCCAGGCGGGCUCCGGGGCCACUCGAAGAGCAGGGCCCGCGGGAGUCGCCAGCCGCCAGCGCGGAGUCUCGCCACCGGAGCCGCCCGCCCGCCCGCCCGCCCGCGCACCCGGCGCACCCGGCGCAGCCAGAGCCUCCGGCGCCGCGCGGCCAUGGAGCCCAGCAGCAAGAAGCUGACGGGCCGCCUCUUGCUGGCCGUGGGAGGGGCCGUGCUUGGCUCCCUGCAGUUUGGCUACAACACCGGGGUCAUCAAUGCCCCCCAGAAGGUGAUCGAGGAGUUCUACAACCAGACGUGGAUCCACCGCUAUGAGGAGAGCAUCUCCCCCACCACGCUCACCACACUCUGGUCACUCUCCGUGGCCAUCUUUUCUGUCGGCGGCAUGAUCGGCUCCUUCUCUGUGGGUCUCUUUGUCAACCGCUUUGGCCGACGAAACUCCAUGCUGAUGAUGAACUUGCUGGCCUUCGUGUCUGCGGUGCUUAUGGGCUUCUCCAAACUGGGCAAGUCCUUUGAGAUGCUGAUCCUGGGCCGCUUCAUUAUCGGCGUGUACUGUGGCCUCACGACGGGCUUCGUGCCCAUGUACGUGGGGGAAGUGUCCCCCACGGCCCUGCGGGGGGCCCUGGGCACCCUGCACCAGCUGGGCAUUGUCGUCGGCAUCCUCAUCGCUCAGGUGUUCGGGCUGGACUCCAUAAUGGGCAACGAGGAGCUGUGGCCGCUGCUGCUCAGCAUCAUCUUCAUCCCGGCCCUGCUGCAGUGCAUCCUGCUGCCCUUCUGCCCCGAGAGCCCCCGCUUCCUGCUCAUCAACCGCAACGAGGAGAACCGCGCCAAGAGCGUGCUGAAGAAGCUGCGCGGGACAGCGGACGUCACCCAGGACCUGCAGGAGAUGAAGGAGGAGAGUCGGCAGAUGAUGCGGGAGAAGAAGGUCACCAUCCUGGAGCUGUUCCGCUCGGCCGCCUACCGCCAGCCCAUCCUCAUCGCCAUGGUGCUGCAGCUGUCCCAGCAGCUGUCCGGUAUCAACGCGGUGUUCUAUUACUCCACGAGCAUCUUCGAGAAGGCAGGAGUGGCGCAGCCGGUGUAUGCCACCAUCGGUUCCGGCGUGGUCAACACCGCCUUCACUGUCGUGUCGCUGUUUGUAGUGGAACGGGCCGGCCGGCGGACCCUGCACCUCAUCGGCCUGGCUGGCAUGGCAGGCUGUGCUGUGCUCAUGACCAUCGCACUGGCCCUGCUGGAGCAGUUGCCCUGGAUGUCCUACGUGAGCAUCGUGGCCAUCUUUGGCUUCGUGGCCUUCUUUGAAGUGGGUCCUGGUCCCAUCCCGUGGUUCAUUGUGGCCGAGCUCUUCAGCCAGGGCCCUCGCCCAGCUGCCAUUGCCGUGGCUGGCUUCUCCAACUGGACCUCAAAUUUCAUCGUGGGCAUGUGCUUCCAGUAUGUCGAGCAACUUUGUGGUCCAUAUGUCUUCAUCAUCUUCACCGUGCUCCUGGUUCUAUUCUUCAUCUUCACCUACUUCAAAGUUCCUGAGACUAAAGGCCGGACCUUUGACGAGAUUGCUUCCGGCUUCCGGCAGGGUGGAGCCAACCAAAAUGACAAGACACCAGAGGAGCUGUUCCACCCCCUGGGGGCUGAUUCCCAAGUGUGAACUGCCCCCACCUGCAGCCCCGGCCUGCUCCCCGAAGCCUCCCAAGGAUCUCUUGGAGCACAGGCAGCCGGAGAAGACUUCCAAGCUAGACUGAUCUCAGCGGAGCCGGGCCUGGGGCUCCUCUCAGCCAGCAAUGAUUCCCAGAAGAAUAUUCGGGACUCUUAACAGCUCCAGGAUUUUAACAAAAGCAAGACUGUUGCACAUAUCUAUUUAGACAAGCAACAGGUUUUAUAAUUUUUUUUUAUUACUGAUUUUAUUAUUAUUUUUUUAUCAGCCAGA